CAAAGAGGCGCGUCACUGGCAACCCUAUAAAGCGCACAGGUGCCCGCUAAUUGUGCACAUCGUUGCUAAUUAGCUAAUGUCUGAUGUGUCCUGUGGUUUAGUGCUCUGUGUUUUAGCCGCUGACUUUUCAGACUGAAAACAAAGCCUCUUUUCACGGCGAACAUGAGUGCUGGAGGAGGAACCCCGUACAUUGGCAGUAAAAUAAGUUUGAUAUCCAAGGCGCAGAUUCGGUAUGAGGGAAUAUUGUCCUCUGUCGACACCGACAGGUCUACGGUUGCGUUAGCCAAAGUUAAGUCCUAUGGGACAGAGGACCGACACACAGACAGACCAGUGCCACCCAAAGAUGAAAUUUAUGAAUACAUAAUCUUCAGAGGAAGUGACAUUAAAGACAUCACUGUGUCUGAACCACCGAAACCACACCAUGGACUGCCUUGUGACCCUGCUAUUGUACAGUCAUCCAUUGGCAGCUCCUCUGCUGCAUAUCACCCACGCUGGAGUCCAUACAGAGACAUGAUGCCCACCUACAACCAGCUGGCGGCUAGUUCACUACUCAGCCAGCAGUACAAUGCGGCGUUGGGCUUAGGCCUUCACGGCAUCCCAGCGAGAAGAGCUCCCAUGGUUGAGCAGGCUGUCCAGACUGUGCCAUUGGCCAGUGCUGCUCAGAAAAGGGGGAAGACCUCAACCCAGCCACAGGCCAGACAGCCAGUUCGUCCAGCCCAGCGCUCUGGCCGGGGUGGUUCCCAGGUUCAGAAGGAGAAUGUCCCCACCAGCCAGGCAACAUCUCGGCCAAGUGCAGCCAAGGUUGAAAGCCAAGGUACUGAGAACCAGAAGAAAAGGCAAAAACAAGGUAGUCGCAGGUCCAGGAACAGAAGCAGAGGCCAACUCCUUGUGAAAAACUCAAAGGCCACAACCUUGCAGUUUGAGUCAGAUUUUGAUUUUGAAACUGCAAAUGCUCAGUUUAAAGAUGAUCUUACAAAGGAGGUCACAGUUGAAAAGAUGGAUUCUGGGGAGGCCCCGCACAGCCAGGGAAUGCAAGAGGAAACUCUGGGAGAUAAAUACUACGACAAAGCCAAAUGCUUCUUUGACAACAUCUCAUCAGAGCUUAAGCCCAGGAGAACCACCUGGGCGGAGGAGAAGAAGUUGAACAUGGAAACAUUUGGAGUGCCGGGCCGCUUCCUGAGAGGCAGAGCAUUCAGGGGCCGAGGACGCGGAGGGCAGACCACCAAUGAGCAGCGCCCCCUCCCAAAAAUUGGUAGUGGGAGGGUGUGAAGGAUUUUCUUUGUUAUUUUCUGUAAAUAAUGUGGUUUCUAUUUAUUUAAAAAGUACCUCCCUUUUUUCCCCACUUUUGAAGCAAUUGAAGCUUGAAGUUUUUUUUUGUUUUUUUUGGUUGUCGUUUUUUUUUUGUUGUUGUCGUUGUUUUCAGUUUCCCAAAUAUGCAUUUAGGGAACAUUUUGUGCUUUGAAUCUUUAUAUUGUAUGAAAUGGGAGAGCAAUUUCUUUUAAUCAAGCUGAUGUAUGCUUAAAACACAUUUAUUCAUUGGUAUUUUGGUAAAUUGCAAAUGUGGAAGUUGUGGAAGUUGAACAGGCCAGCAGGUGCAGAAUUUUUUUUUUUUUUUUUGUUACUGAAUGUAUUAAAUUCUGUCCAAGUCUAACUCCAAAUUGCUUUUGGAGGACAGAUGUACCUUAUUUUUCUUUUCCCUACUUGUAAAAUGAGAAUUGUGGAGGGCUUUGUGAUAGUUGAUAUUAAAUAAUAUAUGACUAACA